UACUGGAGAAAAGAGCUAGUAUGGAGUGAAAAACAAGCUUCCAGAUGCUUGAUGAUUUAUAAGAAUUCACUAAUAUAUUGCAACAUCAUAUUCUUAAAAUUACUAGGACGAUUGUUAAGUGUAAUGCUAAUUAUAUCGUUUUUUACAUUUCUUUAAAGUACUUUGUGAGAGACUCCAGAUCAAUUAUGGUCAACUGUUAUCUAAAGCUGUUAAGAGUUUUACUCUUAAUUCAAAUAUUUGGUAAAGCCCAGCGUAUCACUCAAGAUGUCAUCAUGAUGCAGUACUUUGAGAGACGAAUUGCACAGCUGGAAGACAGGCUGAUAAAAUGUGACCAAGAUCUUAUGAAAUAUGUGCGAGAACUCUACGACUUUUCAAAAGAAUUCAGGAAUCGUCUGGAUGCUUUAAAUGCUGACAAAACUGAGUUUAAGAACGAUGUGGUUGAUGUGGUGACAAGAGUGGAGAGGAUCGAGAGGGACAUCGACUACUUGGAGUCACAGACACCAGCUCAAGCCUGCGUGGAGGUGGAUGAGAAACUACUGGAGCAGCAGGUUAAAGAGACAGAAGCCAAGAGAAAGGCCAAGCUCAAACUGGUUGCAGAUUGUGAUGCUAUGCUGGCGAGUAUCAAGUCACUAAAGAUUGUUAAAAAAGCAGGAGACGUCCAUGGUUCUUGGUUGAAAGACCCAGCCCGGGAAUCUCAGAAGAUUUAUUUUUUCAGUGGGACUAAACAAGAUGUUUUUUUAGAAUUUUCAAGCAUGAAGGCAUUUACUGAAACCAAUUAUAUGCAAGCAGCCCGGAAUAUUACUCUUCCUUUUUUCUGGAAAGGAACUGGCCACGUUGUAUACAAUGGCUUUUUGUAUUUUCACAGAAACGACUCAGUAAACGAGAUCAUAAAAUAUCACAUAAGGAAUAAGACCGUGAGCGACCGCAUGCUGUUGCCAGGGGCUGGGAGGGUUCCUGUAUACCAGCUUUCUCCAUACACCUUCAUAGACCUGGCAGUGGAUGAGCAAGGCCUAUGGGCCAUACAUGCAGACCCUAAUACAGGUGGAAAUAUAGUGAUCACCCAGAUAGACCGUGCAAGCCUGGCAGUGGAGCACAGCUGGGACACAACCUGCACCAGCAAGGAUGCUGAAGCUGCUUUCAUAAUGUGCGGCACUCUCUAUGUUGUUUAUAACUCGGACUAUAGGGGGCGAUCGAGAAUACAGUGUUUGUAUGAUGUGUAUGAUAUGAUAAGCAGUGAGGAGCCUCCUGUUCUCUAUUUUCCAAAACGCUACGGUAGCCAUUCUAUCAUGCACUACAACCACAAGGAGAAACAGAUUUACUCUUGGGAUGAAGGGCACCAGAUCAUUUAUAGAAUGUCCACUAAGAAGAAAUUAGAAAAUCCAUAAUCUGAAACAGUCUUAAAGACUGCAAAUUCAGAGCAUUGACAAAUAGAUCGAUGCCUGGCAUUGCUGUCACAUUAAACUGGUCUGCAGCUGAGUGAAAGUUAGUCAAGCUAAAUAAACAGCAUCAUAAAUGGAGAUGAUAGAACAAAAUAUAGUAGUAAUAAUACCAAAAUACAUCAAAACACUGUAUUUACAGACUUGAUUUCCAGUUUGGAGAACUCAGAUAUAAAUAUUUGUAAAUACAGUGUAUGGGCAUAUCGUAUACCUUUACAUUUCCAAUUUAGCCCAACCAAUCUAUAAUAAUUGAUUUAUGCAGGUCAUUGUAUCCAACGCAUACCUGCUAAAUUGUUUUUUGUGAUGACAGACUGGCUUAUACAUUGCAUGGUUUUAGAACCUAUUUCUGUUAUUUAAAAUAUCACCAAGAUGGUUCGGUGCAGAAAAAGCUUUCGAAUUUGUAGGCCACAGCUAGAUAAAAUCUUGACAACAUUUUUUUUUAAUUCUAAUAAUAAUACAAAAAGCAAAGCUGGCUUUGCUUUGAUUGCUAGUUGAUUAUAAACUAUAAAACUUUGACAUGAAAUUACACCAUGUAUCUGGUUUUGAAGUUUGAAUGUAGUAUGUUUAAAAUGAGAAAGUUUGAACUAUUAUUAGUACAUUGUAUUGACCGGUAGGUUAAAUUAUAUUCAGAAGUGCCUUUUCUGACAAUAUCGGAAUAAAAUAUGAAGCAAUA